UGUCUUGCGCCUACGUCUACGGUCUCUCACUCAUCUCUCGACCGUUCUACACCAUCGCCUCAAUUGUCACGGGAGAACAUAACAUAUAAUUGGACCGUUCCUGGUCGUUCAUCGCUGAGUCUACUGAAGUCGCAGCAAUGGCUGGAGACCCGACAGAGAUCGUCGAUAUAGAAGAGGCUGAGCUUAAAGGCGAGAAUGGCGAGAUGUAUCUGUUUCAAUGGCUGUCGGCGGCAGAGAAGGGUAUUUCUGGGGCAUCUAUGGAUCAUCUGAAAGCGAAACAAUCUGACCUCGAAUCGACUCUCGUCAAAGUUGUGCUCGCCCAGGAUCCGUAUCCCAUGCCAGGCCGCGUCCUGCGUAACAGUGUCGCGCGGUGUCUCGUUGCCCUAUAUACGCGGGGCGAGACGCGCACACUGUUUGAUACGCUCCAAGCUUUCAUGAAAGUCAUCAUUGACUUCAAGACACCCGAUCGCGAUUCGCACAAGAUUGCCGCCUUCUCUGUCAUAGGGGAUAUUAUGGAGACAUUUGGAUCCCAGUUUAUGUCUUUCAUGGCGGAGAUAACCACUGUAUCUGUGCGAACUGUGCGAUCAUCAAGUACUCCCUUGCUGCGGUCGCACGCACUGGUAGCUCUUCGCAAAUCGCUUUCGACUGCUGCUAGAGCUGUGACCGACACUUUGUUCAAAGAUGUCUCAAAACAAAUGCGCUCAGCUCUCACUGACAAAUGUCUCCCCGUGCAACGCGGUGCUGCGGAAGUCAUCGUUGCUUUGUAUUCUGGUCCCGAUGCUCAUCCCCCUCCGUCUGCUGUUGAUGUAGAGAAUAUCAUUUCCCAGUGCGUCAAGUCUUUGGAGACGGCAGAUCAGAUCACUCGCAGUGCAUUGGCUCAAUUGGUUGGCCAUGUUCUGGCGUUGACCCAAGUUCCCCGUGCUGUCGUCGUCCCAGAGCCAAAAGCAGCAAAGAAAGAUAAGAAACAGGGCGAUCCCGACGAUGAAGACGACAAUGCAGUUUCGGCGCAUGUGACCACCGAAACAAAACCCACACUGUCCCCAACCGAGAUGCUCCACUGUCUCUCUUCUCAUUUCAACCGUCUGGGAUUAUCUCGGAAGACUCGAAUUGGCUUGUUUGACUACUACGCGGCUCUCAUAACCAAGCUUGGCAGCAGCUUCGUCGAGUCCCAGUACGGGCUCAUCAUCACACACCUCACGAACGAGAUCAUUAUUGGCCCUCCUGGUCGGCUAGCAAGAACGAGAUAUGAGCAUCUUCUUUUCCGUUCACUCGUCGGAACGCUUCUCCGUGACCUGAUCGGAGAACGCAUGCUCAGCGAGCAAGGCCAAAUCGGGGCUAUUCGGGAGUUGGCCAGCGCUUAUUUGAAGCGCUGGCCCGCGAUGAUGCCCGGGUCUACGGCACCCAUCGAGACUGUGCUUGUGGUCGUGCUGAGAGAAGUCUCUGGGCUUUUGCAGCAGUUGGGAAAUGCGCCUCCGCCCGUCCAAGAUGCAGUGGCCGAGCCUCUCGUGACUCUACUCGCGCAUCCUAAUCACACAGUGCGAGUCAAUGCUGCUUGGGCUCUGCGAUGUUUCUGUUAUUCCACGCCACUUCGCUUGCCGAAGACCGUUAUUGUCGUCAUGGAGCUUCUUCAGCGCGAUCUGUCUCAAUUGCUAACACCGACUGCGUCACCCGAAGUGCCUUUCCGUGCAUUGGGCCACGCUUAUGGACUGGCUGCACUUGUGUCAAUCAUCCCAUCUCGGCCGCUCUAUGUGUCAUACGAUAUAUCCGCCAAAGUGCUCGAUAUGGCGACCACGCUGUUGAAGCGGGCCGGAGAGCACGAUGUCCGGGUCGCUCAAACUGAGGUCGAAGUUGCCUGGACGGCGUUGGCUGCCCUCAUGUCCCUUGGGCCCAACUUUGUCCGGCCCCAUCUGCCCCAGCUGCUCGUUCUUUGGCGGAAUGCGCUGCCGAAACCAACGAGCAAAGACGCAAGCACGGCUGCCGGGCGCAGUCAUGCUGAAUGGGGUUUCCUUUUGCACGUUAGAGAAUGCGCGCUGGGCGCUAUUCUUUGUUUCUUGCGCCACAAUUCCGGCACACUGGUCACGCUGGAUGUCGCGCGCAGGAUUGCAUCAUUGCUCAGCAACGCGCUGCUUUUUGCCAACAACUUCGUCAGCCCUGCGGUCCAGGAUGCGUUGGGACUCAAUGAUGCGGCACAGCAGACGCCGAGUGGCGCUGGCCCGCAGGGUUUCCCGCUCUCGUCUCGCGAGGCUCUGUUGAGGAGGAGAGUCCAUCAGUGUUUCGGCGCGCUCGGGUUCAACGCGAUCACGGACUCGACGCAGACGACCCUGCUUCAAUCUUGCGUCACACUGUUUGCGAGUCCCGACUUGUAUCCUGGGUCGAUCAGCGCCAUGCAAGCUGCCAUCGCGUCGUCCUCUGGCACAUUCACCAACGUCUGGGCGAGUGGAGAUGGGUAUGCCCAUGGUGUUACGUUCAUUGAUAUUGGAGACGAUUUGGAUGAGGAUCUAGAAAGGGAAGGGAAGGAUAGGGACCCACUGAAUCGUGACGCUAUUGAAGUAGCGAUCGACAGUAUGGUGAGUCUGCGCGUUUUCCUUGUAAUUGUUCUUAUCUUCCUUGAGCUUCGAAGGCCGAUCAUUGGCGCCUGUGAGCACGACCCUCUUACGCUAUGUCAGGUGUCGGAUGCAGAGUACCAACUCCAAGAACCCCCGCCCGCCCUGACGUCUGUUGUCGACACCUCCAUCGAGCUCUUCGCACAGCUUCUUCCACUACAGGAUCUUUCUUCUAUCACGAAAACGUUGGCUCUCCUCCUUGACUCGCUCAAGUCUCCCAAGUUGGAGAAGAACGUGGCUCGGAAGGCGGCUGUGAAUGUGAACGUUGCAGUUUCGAUCGUACUGGCUCUGAGGCAGGCCAUGUUGAGUAACAGAAAGGCCAAGGAUACCUUUGGAAGCUCCCAGGUCACGAGCCUAUUGUCCACCUUUUUAAAGGAUGCACUGAUUGAUGGUGAUCUAGUGCUCAGAGCAGCGAGCAGCGAGUCCAUCGGCCGACUGGCUAAUCUGGGUGGCACCAACUUUUUGACUGCUGAGACCAAGUUGCUCGUUGAUCAGGUCGUCAACAACCGUGACCCAUCGGGGCGGGCUGGAUGCGCAUUGGCGUUUGGUGCCAUCUACAGCCACGUAGGCGGACUGGCCGCUGGUCCGUUACUGAAAACGACGGUCAACGUGCUCAUGUCGUUGAGCAACGACCCCCAUCCCGUUGUGCAUUACUGGGCACUCACUGCGCUGGCUCGAGUGAUGCGCGCUGCGAGUCUGGCAUAUGCUCCAUUCGUGUCGAGCACACUCGGGAUGUUGCUCAAGGUCAUGACGAUGGAAUCGCAUGAGCGCGAAGGUGGUACCCAACACAAUGCGAAUCUCAGCGGAGACUGCCCCGCCUACCCCGUCGCAUGCCAGAUCACGGAUGCAAUCAUCAAUAUCCUGGGGCCCGACAUGCAAGACUCGGCCCGCACUCGAACGCUGAUCUUGAAUCUGGUGCACGAGUUCGCCCGCGAGAGCGAGGAGGGAAUCAGGGUUGAGGCCAUAAAAUGCAUGCAGCAUCUGCUCAUGUUCGCGCCCGAAUACGUCGAUAUCCCGGCCCUAGUGAACCAGUUCCGGGGCUAUCUCGGCUCGUCUAGGCGUCCGCUGAAGCUGGCGUCCAUCAAUGCACUGUACCAGCUCGUUCAGAAGGACGCGUUGGCUAUGUCGAAGUUGGGUGGAGACCGGCUGGUCGAGGAUCUGUUCGGGAUGCUGGACGACGACUCGUCGGUGCAAGGCGUCCGCGAUGUGAUCACGAGUUGGCUCGGCCAGACUGUCAUACACAAUCCGUCGGCCUGGAUCGACUUGUGCCAACGCAUCAUGUCACGGACCACCGCAUCCCAGCAGGCCUCAGAUGCCGCAGCUGGUCAAGGCCCACGUGACGACGAAGGGGAGUCGCUCAACGUCGGAGGCUCUGCUGAUGGCAGCACUCGAAAAAUGACGACGUCGCGCUGGAGGACGCAGCUGUUUGCGCUGCAGUGUCUGCACAAGAUAUGCACGGUCGUCGCCACGAGCGGUCGGAGGGAGCAUGUCGAUGUGAAACACGCCCGCAAUCUUGGCAUUAAUUCUGCCUCCGGACUGCUCUUUUCUCGGGUGCCCGAUUUGAUUCGGAUGGCAUUUACAGCUUCCACCGCAUAUGUCACAGAGAUCAGGCUGGAAGGUCUGGUUGUGCUGCGGGAUGUCAUUGAGAUAUUCGCUGCUUCUCCAGACCCUGCGUAUGACGACGCGUUGUUGCUAGAACAGCAUCAGGCCCCCAUUACUGCCGCCCUGACACCCGCCUUCUCGUCUGAUUCGACACCAGAGAUUCUCGCGUCCGCUGUGCAUGCCUGUGCUGUGUUUGUGGGAUGUGGAGUCGUCAAGGAUGUGAGCAGGAUGGGUAGGAUUCUCAAGCUAUUGACCGCUGCCUUGGACCAAUCCAAAGACUCGGGAAUGCUUUCCCUCGGUGAUACGGGUGAGCUCAGCCCCAACGCAUCUGCUAUGCUCCGGAUCUCCACCCUUUCCGCCUGGGCACAACUCGAGACGGCAAGCAUCCAGCAGACGUAUCUUGUGGAUGUGAUCAAGUCCUACCGGGCUACGCUCGCCUCGCUUUGGCUUGCUGCUCUGCGCGACUAUGCCAGCAUCAGAAUCGAUUCCGAGUUCUUGCUCGAUACCUCGUCGGUGGCUUUGGACUCGUCGUACUCGAGCUUGGGGAAGGAGGUUCUGUUACCGUAUUACGCUAGCUCGUGGUCCGUGAUCUUGCAAGCCGUCGCCGCCGCGAUGCAAGCCAAGGACCCUAACAUACUGGCUUCCAUGGACGGUCUCGACGCGCCGCCACCCACCACUGGAAACGAACCCACAAUGUUGUUCUAUGUCAUCUUCGGGCUGGUCUACGAGUCUUUGGCCACGGCUUCCACCGAGUCAAGUCCCACAUCUAGUCUUAACCGACAGACGAAGGUCAUUGCGGCCUUACAGACGCUGAAGUCUCUCGUGCGGCCCGAGUAUGCCGGCAAGGCGAUAAUGGAGCCUCCGAUAUUCGACGAGUUCACCAGUCUGUGCUAUCGAAUGGCCAUGACGGAGAAUGCCGCUGUGCAGGUGCAUCUGGUGGAGGUGGUGUCCGUGCUGGCAUCUACCCAGGGGCUUGAUCAAGAUCCGCUUGGAAAUGGGUCACCCAGGGCUCACUGCUUGAGGAUAUGUGCGCAUAUACUACAGCAUGCGACCUCGAGUAAGCGGGGUGCGGUGAUCCAGGGUGAUUUUGCCGACCGAGUGAGGAUGAUCAUGACUGCCUUUUCCGCGUUCGUCGCUGUUGGAGCGUCAAUCGAGAGCUUGCAGAGAGAGGAUGUACGGUCAGUUGGGAUCCUGUUGUAUAGCGAACUGCUACGUGAUGAAACAUCCGAAGCAGACUUCGUUGGGCCUACGCUCCCGGCGCUCAAAUCACUGCUCGAUCUUCCACUUUCGAAAUCCAGAACAGCCGAAUCGAGUGAUCGAUACAGCCGACUCGUCCACGGCCUGCUCUCUGCGUGUCUGCUCAACGUCGACGAGAUGGGUGGCCGACAGGGUGUUCUUUCUCUUCGCAAAGUCAAGAACAACCUACUUGCAGCAGUGCUUGUACUGACGGUGGUGCCACCCGGCGCUGGGAAAAUCGGAGAGGCGGUGGUUGAGCACUGUUGCUUCUUGAUCUCGCAAAAGUUGCUGGAUGGAAAUGAGAUCUCUCUGCCAGCAUCCCACUGCGCGCGGACUUUGAUCACAGCGGCGACCUCAGGCAACCUUCUGCUGCAAAAAUGCACGAAGCUGUUGAUUCCUGGGCUCAUCGAGUUCAUUGCGAAGAUCGCGCCAAUGGUGAUGGACGGGUCGGUGACCGAGACACAUGUAGCUGCGAUCGGAGAAGUCUGGAAGGCAUUCAGCGCUUAUUACGCCUCAGUGCCUGAGGAGCUCAAGCCUCGGCUGCUGGGAGUGCUGCUCCCGACGAUGACGCUUCUCCUUUCCUCGCCGCAGUCGCCUGUGGCGGCGUCUACAGUGAAAGAACUGCUCGGAUACGCUUCAGCGUCGCCCGCGGCGUUCAAGGAUGCUGCAGCCAAAUUGGAUCCAGCCGUCAGAGAUGUGCUCGAGAAUGCGAUCCGCAAGGCUGUUGUUGGGGGAACCGGCCUCGCUGGGUCAGCGAACGCCGCCGCCAAGGGAUCUGGGGCCAGUGGGAAACCUCAGAUUUCGUUGAGAUCAUUCUGAGGCAUGACACGAUCAGUCACGAUCACGUGUGUGCAUGUAAUGCCUUGAGCGCUGGUGUAUUUGUGAAUAACCAACUACUAUUAAAAGGGCAAAUGAUAGUUUCUCUGUGUGCUAGCUGUGUCUUCG